AUGCACUCGAAGAACUUGGAGUUAAUCCGUAUGCAGAUGAAUACGAGGGAGAAAUACAAGGUCAACGACAAGACCUACAGGGCCACAGCUGCUAGCUUUUCCUUUUCACUUAAUCCGAAAGACGGUGUCAUCAUUGGUCUGAACCGAGAGAGCCCCAAAGCAACGGGAAAACAACAGGAGCCACCAGUUUCAGAUGACCAGAUGCCGGAACUUACCCAGUUUUCUGACGUGGUGUGGCUGAGUUGGGAUGAUAUGGUCAAAGAGAAGAAUGGCGAUCUUAAAAACAUUCGAUAUCUCAUCUCAGUUUUGGUCGUCAACAGGGAGACGGUCUCAGUUGUACUGAGAGCAUCGGAAAACAGGGGAUGGGGAGUAGACGAUUGGCCAGGUCAUAUAUUCGAGGAUGGGUCGCCAGAGAUGCAUGCAAUCAUCGGUAAGUCUCGAUCAUUUCAGGAGGGGUUGUAA